GCCCGGGACCACUGCACGGAAGCGGCCUUGGGCAGGGUUGCAGCCUGAUCCUGGGAUGGAGGGUGCCGGCGAGGAGGAGUGAGGAGGCUGGGGAGGCAGGCCGUGAGGUCCUCGUGGAGGCCUGCAGCCUGCUGGCAGUGGAGGAGCAGGCCACACAGGAAAGAAAGGGGUCAGGUUGGCUGAGCCUGAGAAGGCUCAGUCGACUUUGUGGGAGCUGUAGACUCUGCUGCUUCUUUGUACUUCUGGGCUUGGCCUGUUUUGGAGCAGGCCUUUUGUGAGGAGAGUUAACCAAAACUUGGAGUUAGAGCCACAUGCCAAACACGGGGAGCGCUCUAAGUUAGGGUUAGGGCGCCAGCACCUUUGGGGAGGUCUGAGAAAAUGAGUGGGUAGGGGUCUUUUCCAUUCCCCUAGCCGGAUUGGCGCGUUAGACGCUUGUAGAUCCAAGGCUGGAUUGGGGAGGGGUCUCCAGGACGUUAGGUUUCUACGCAAGGAUUGGGGGGAUUCAAGUGCUUUGAGAUCUGAGGCAGGCUUUGGGUAGGGGGAGUCAGACAAUUGCAAAGCCUAGGUGGUUAUUUGGGGAGGGGUCUUUGCGCUUUGGCGGAGCGCAAAAUUGCUUUGUCAAGAGAGAUUUCUAUAUGCAAGAGUGGAAUCAGCUAGGCCAGACCAAGAGAAAGAAAGUGAAAAAUCAGGGCUAAAAGGGGGUGUGUGGGGGACCCUGAGAGGGGGAUCACAAAGGGUGAGACAUGGCCACCAGGCGUUUAACCGACGCUUUCUUGUUGUUGCGGAAUAAUUCCAUCCAAAACCGGCAGCUGUUAGCCGAGCAACCAUCCACAGUCAGUUUAACUUGCUCAUUGAAGGGUCUCAGUCUGCUGGAAAAUCAUGUUUCUGUCUGUAGGCUCCAAGAGCUGGACGAGCUUGCUGAUGACCGCAUGGCAUUGGUGUCAGGCAUCAGCCUGGAUCCAGCAGCAGCAAUUGGCGUGACAAAGCGCUCACCUCCCAAGUGGGUGGAUGGAGUGGACGAAAUACAGUAUGAUGUUGGCCGCAUUAAACAGAAGAUGAAGGAGUUAGCCAGCCUCCACGAUAAGCAUUUGAAUAGACCCACCCUGGAUGACAGCAGUGAGGAGGAGCACGCCAUCGAGAUCACCACCCAGGAGGUCACCCAGCUCUUCCAUAGGUGCCAGCGUGCUGUGCAGGCCCUGCCCAGCCGGGCACGAAGGGCCUGCUCGGAGCAGGAAGAGCGGCUACUGCGGAACGUGGUGGCCUCCCUGGCACAGGCCCUGCAGGAGCUGUCCACCAGCUUCAGGCGUGCCCAGUCUGACUACCUGAAACGCAUGAAAAACCGAGAGGAGAGAUCACAGCAUUUCUUCGACACCCCAGUACCACUAAUGGAUGAUGGAGAAGAUGCCACUCUAUAUGGUCAGGGUUUCACAGAUGACCAGCUGGUGCUGGUAGAACAGAACACGUUGAUGGUGGAGGAGAGGGAGCGGGAGAUCCGCCAGAUCGUGCAGUCCAUUUCAGACCUCAGUGAAAUCUUCAGGGACUUGGGAGCCAUGAUCGUGGAGCAGGGUACAGUCCUUGAUAGGAUUGACUAUAAUGUUGAACAGUCCUGUGUCAAGACCGAAGAUGGCUUGAAACAGCUUCACAAGGCUGAGCAGUACCAGAAGAAGAACCGGAAGAUGCUUGUGAUCUUGAUACUGGUUGCCAUCAUCGUAGUCCUCAUUGUGGUCCUCAUCGGUGUAAAGUCUCGCUAGUGGCACCAAGUUCUUGAGAGUGCUACUGCAUGGAUUACUUGGGUGUCCGGGCUUGGUUGACACCCACCACUGCACUGUCUAAAGAGCGCAGCUCACUGGUCCAGCAGUGGGCACUGGACCUUCCUGUGGACGUCUUCUAACUAGUGGGCUGGCGUGCAGGCAUGGCCAUGUUUUCCAUCUCUGUCCAGAGUCUAGAGACUCUGCUGUUGCCGAAGAGACUGGCCUAUCUAUGAUCAGCUGUGAAGUGAAUGUGUGCUUUAGUGAAAGGGGUGGAAGGUUUACAGGCAUUGCUGAAACUCUGUGUGAUGUGCGCAUGCUCAUUUUUAGCACUCAUGUCUGAGCAGCAUGUUAAAUUUUUUGGGAAAUUUUUUUUUAACCAUCUGGUUUUUAAGAAGUUUGGUACCAAAAAUUUAUGAGUGUAGAGGCAGUGCCUCUUCAUCUUCCCAGCUGAAAACAAAGCAAGAAGUCCUUCAAGGAUUUAUAAUCUGUUCCCAUUAACUUAAUUUAGCUUUCCAUCACUGUUAACGAUCAGAGUAACAAAGUGUGAAAAAUAAGAAACCAUCAUUGAUGUUAAUUAACACAUUUAGACGGGCCAGUUAAACCAGCUUCAUGCGUUUAAAUCAAUUGUAAAUAGCAUAUUCCUCAUUCAGAAUUUUGCCCUGCAUUUUCUACUGUAAACCAAGAGGGGUUCCUGAAUCAGAAACUUGGUCAUUUGAACCAACCUCACAUUACAAGAAAGCUUGACAGAGCCAUGAAAGAGAUUGAGCCAGUGUGUCCCUAGCCACCCUUCCUCAGUCUAUUACUUACAUCCUAGCUAUGUAAUGACCUGUCCAAACCUGACUCCAUUUAAUGAACUGUGAAUUUACACAGAGAACAUUUUAAAUGGGUCACCCCAUUUAGGAUUAGUGGCUCUCAAAUUAUUAACCAAACAUCACUCCAUUUCAAAGUAAAAUAUUCUACACAUGAUUUGAUUUAUCGACUCUUCCACUGUCACUUAGCAAUGCCCAGAAAGCGGGCAUAUUCCUGAGGACAGUGAGACCCUCAACUAGGGAAAGCCUGUGUAUAUGUGUGUUCUGAGUAUUUCUUUGUGUGCGUGUGUGAGCAUAUCAUGCAUAUCAGAUCGCCAAAGUAGGGUUCUGUUUACCUACCUGUUAACUCCAUGGUGCUGUGUGCUCUGUAGAACUAGAGCGAUGCGGACCAGACUGAUGGAGCUUUGAACAGUGUGCGUGUCUCAUUUGUUCUGUUUGCAUCAACACUGCUGGAAUUUUAGUGGUCUUUGUGUAAUUGUUGAUAGCUUGAAAAACUGUCUCUGCCUCUCCUAAAUUAUUUAAACAGUGAGGCCCUGUUAAGUGUGUUACACUUUUAUUUGGAUCAGGCAUAUGAAAUUCGUCUCUGGGAUUCACUGAAGGGUGUCUCAGAACUCCAGCUCAGACCUAGAAAUGGGGUCAUGUAGACCUGUCUCAUGAGCUCAGCCUCCCUACCUGAGCUCAGAACAGUGGGAUCGAAAGGUUUACUGGAUUCUUUGGCAAUGUUAGUAGAGAGGGUUGGAAGAGAGGAGGCAGCACCUACCCCACCACUUCAGAACUGGGGAAGGGGCUCUCCAGUUUUCUCUCAACCUCUGAGGUUAGACAAGCUAUUCCUGGGUAGACUGGCCAAAUUAGGGGACCUGCUUCAAGCAAUCUGUGGAGAUCAUGCUGAGUAAUUGUGAAAGCCUUGGAGAAAAGUGACCUUUUAAGAAAGGAUCACUAUUUAUAAUUUAUUUCCCUGAAUAGAUUUUAUUUUGGCGGGGGCAUUGGUUUUUCCCCCAACCCAUCUGGUUAGAAAUCGUCACAAGGACCUGUGGGGAGAGGGCCUGUCCCCUUCUGCCAGAAGGUAGUGUGGUGCUAGUCUGGGCCCAAGCCACCCUGGUAUGUGUCCUGAAAGGGCUUAGAUACUUGGCUAUACCUGACUCCAGAGCUUUAUGCACUCACUCUUUGGGGCCCACUGCCCUUUUCUGUUGAGCCUGUUCUGGGGGAAAGAUGAGAAGUUAGUACCCAUACCCUGGUAGGUUCCUCACGGUAAUUGCUUUUGGAAGAGGACUCUUGUACCUGCUGACAGCUACUGUCUGUCCGUCCAUCAUUCCCUUCGGUCUGGCCAUGGAGGUGACAAUCACACAGACCCAAGUCUCCCUGUGCCUGGGAAGCACCUUGGGGAAGAAGCCCAGUCUCUGGACACACCUCCCUCCGCUGCCCUGCUGGGUCUUGCACAGUUGGGGUGGAAGGGGAGAGGGGAAGAACUGUUGAUCUUUCCUAAGACGAGCGUAAAAUUGCUGUCUGUCAUUCAUAAAAUUGCUGUCUGUCAUUCUGUUUGUUGGGGGUGGGGGGACAUUGGGGUGCUGGCUGGGCCACCAUGUGAAGCAAUGUGUGUCUGAUUUAACGGGUGUACCACUUUCUCUGCUAAUUGAGAGAGCAUUAUUUAUUUGUUUUGACACAAGUGCUUGCAGUGUUUCAUCCCAGCUAAUGGCUUCUUAAAGGUAAUAAAACCCUUCAACCUAAUUGGUCAGAUAAGACUUUUUCCUUGUAUGCUUAAAUAAAGCAAUUAGUGAAACACUUCUAUCCAAAA